UGGGACACGUCACAGCAUCAGACAGACAAAAAACACAACGAACGAAAAACAAAGAGCGAUCGAACCAAUAGCUAGGCUGCCUGGUACACGUACGUCACAGAUAAACCACGUCACGGCUCCAAAACACACAUGAUGUGUCUAAUUAAUUGUCCAGCGUCCCCGACCGGCCCCUGCGCAGAGCCCCCUCCCCAUUCAUGGUCGUGUCAGCCACCAGUGGGCCAUCGGCGCACGCAUCGAACUGCACAACACACCACAGAACGUACGUACGCACAAUCAGACAUACAUGCAUUUGGCAUCCAUCCGUCCGUCGAUCUCACCUGCGUCUGUUGGAUGAUGUCCGCUUCGUCGGUGUCGGUGUCGCUGGCCGUGUCUGUCUCGGUGCCGGCGUCUUUGCUGUCGGUCACCUUGGUGUAUGGGACGCCGCUGCUGCUGCUGCCGGUGGGCGUGACUCGGUCGCGCUUGUAGGUGAAAUGCAAAGAGCCGAACACCACAAAGCACACCGACCACGGAAUCAGCUGACACGCGACACACAGGCAGGCAGGCAGGCAGGCACGGGCUUUACACACGAAUGGUGUCCUCUCUCACAUCGGUCACUUACCAUGGCCACGGUCAGGGAGUUCGCGAGAGCAUUCAGGUUGUGGGUGCGGACCUCCUCGGCCAUGCUCUUGACAUCCUCUGUCUGCAUCUUGUAACCGUAAAACAUCUGCAGCCGAUCCCCACGCACAGCAAACGAUACAUACCCGCACACGUAUACACAAAAGGAAAGUUACGCCGGCCCGGCCACACUAUACCUUAGCCAGGAGGGCCACGGUUGGUACGCCGAACAAAGCCGCAGAGGAGCCCUCAAUCGCCACCAACCACGAGAAGAUGGUGGCGCGGUCACAUGGGUCGACGAUAUCGGUGAGCACCGGCCUGUUGGUGGCCGACGGACACCACGACGCCACCUAAACACAUACAUAUUCGACACAGCAUGCUUAUGCUUACACACCAAGGCCCUUUCUCGCCCUCACUUACGAGGCCAAGGAGGAGCAUCAGGACGAAGUAGCCGAAAAACCACUCCGGCAAUCGUGGCAUAAGCUGCAGGAUAAUCGCCGUCGUGGGGAUGCCCAGGAACACCGACAGCUGUGCAGCGAGCGGCCGCCCGUGUGCGUCGCUCCAUUUGGCGAGCUUGUCCCCCACAUAGCCGCCGAGCAGCCCCCCCAGCCCUCCACCUGCCUGCAGAGCGGCCCAAAGCACAGCUGCCUGGCCGUCCUCCAUCUUCAUGUACUGAAAGUAUACACACUUCAUGGUAUGCAUUGCGAUCAAUGAUCCGUGUACGAAGUCACUCGACGACCAACCUGAAAGUACAUCGUAAACCAGCCUUCUUGGUUGCAGCGAACGAAUAACAGGCAUAGGCAUGGAUGCAGUGCACAGCGGGAAUGAGUGAUUGAUCGGAUGAGCGGUGCUUUGAUACACUCCUCACUCAUUGCGUUCCAAGGGACGGCGCCUGCAUGAGUGAGCAUGUAUAUGGAUAUCGACAUCAUGUAUGAGCACUCAUUGCUGACCGAAGAUGCCUUGGCCCGCGAGGCACCAGAAGCUCGGCUUACGAAGCGACCGCAUCAGCUUCCGAGUCUCGCGCUUGACGCCGGCACAUACGCGCGAUACACGAGUAACACCCUGAUAGCAGGUGGAAGUGAAUGUGAGGUAUUGUUGAUGCGCCGGUGCGUGUGAAUGGAUACGGACCUGUGCUGUGGGAGUCAUGGGCGCGCUGUGUCUGGGCACUUGGAGGUUUGACGCACAGAUGACGACACCCAGGCCUACACUCAUCAGGCCGACCAUGAUAAACCCGACUCGCCACCCAGACACGCCUGCAGUGCAGCCCUCACAACACACACAAUGCGCAAAAGGAUGCAUGGCCUGGCACUAGCUGUAUAUCUCACUACCCACCCAGCAGGGCCAUCUGUGACACGGUGGUGAUGACCAGGCUGCCUAUGAUGCCGCCAAAGUUCUGCGACAGCUGCACCCAGCCAAAAGCGAUACCUCGCUCGUCCACCGCAAAGAGGUCAGCAAUCAUGCUGCACAAAGUCCAGCAGGCGCCCUAUCGACUUGACUUGCGUCUGCCUUACCCACCGCACCCACAUGUGGCGCGGGCCCUACCUUUGGGAGAGCGGGCCCACACCUGACCAUCAGAUACACAUACAGACACCAAACGACGCAUGUGUCGCCUGUGUCCAUGUAAGUGUGUUACGUGUGUGCUGCACCUACUCGCAAGAGCUAUGCCGUUGAUCGACCGCAGGAUGGCCAUCUGGCACCCAACGCAGAUGUCAAUCGUGUGUGCCGACACCAUAUCCGUUGCCCAUCCCUCCGCCAAUGCUCACCUCCCACAGGGUCGACGAAGCCGCCAGGACUAUGGUCACCACCCCCCAAAGGACACACCCGACACACAGCACACUGACAGACAGACAGACAGACAGACAGACAGACAGGCAGGCAGGCACAGACAGGCAGGCAGGCAGGCAGGCGCGCGACACGCACGGGCAGACAAACAGUGAGCGUUCGUGCUUGUCUGUCUACGUGUGGUCUCUAUACUUUGGCCUGCUGUAGCGGUCCGCAAGGAAGCCCCACAAGGGCGCAGACAGUGAUUGGAACAGGCAUUGGUAGAGGGACAGCUGGCCCAAAUCAGUUGGCUGCAGCUGCAACUCCCUUUCCAGUGCACGGAAAGUCGAUGGUAGCAGCUGCCAAUCGGCACCUGAGCCCACACAGGGAGGCCACAACCACACCAACGCUGCGUGGUGGCCACACCGGGUCUCCCGUGCAGUGCAUCGAGAGGCGGCUCACCGUCGAGAGCACACGCCAUAUUGAGAAGAUUCUGAUAACAAGCAGAUGCACAUCCACGCACAGAAACCACCGCACCCCUGCUAUCCCAUUUGCUUACGUACUUGGGUUUUCCUCCUGACCGCAUCGUCACUGUCGGCGCACUUUUGCAAAGCGGCAGCGUCAGCUGUGCUGUCGUCAUCCACACACAGCACCGACAGAGAGGCCCCGUCACGCAGCGCCUUCAUUGCCACAGCUGCUGCACCAGCGGCACUUCAGUCAGCACCAGUCAGCACACCACAACGAGGAUCUUGCUGCCCGUUGCCUGAAGCCGCGGAUCUGGUCUGUGGUCUGUGUGGCAUUACAGACGGCGCAAAGAACGGGUUCUUCGCCUCGCCUUUCUCCUGCGCUUCCACGAUAGUAACGAAAAGGCCGGGAAAAGCCGACAAGG